AUGCCGCUCCAACUUCUCCAGAAUCCUUCCCAUGGCGGCUCAUACUCACAGACACGGCUUUUGUCCACUGGUUCCUCUGCGACUCAUCAGCCCCGACAGGCUCGUUCCACUGUAGUGCGGACAAUUAACGGGCAAGCCGUCUGGCGUCGAAUCGCUGUUAAACCCUUUCCAUUUCUCAAAUGGAAACGAAUACCUGUCUUACCUGAUGCCAGGACCUCAUCGCCUCCUUCUAGACUCCAUCUAUCCGAGCCAGUCUCCACCCCACCUCCCCCUCCUACCAGGCCCUCAUUCAGUAAAACCACCGAGAAUGAGAGUGAGAAGUCUUGGGCAUCCUCCAACAUCCAGCCCCUUAACCAUCUCAACACCUCAGGUGAGGCGCAUAUGGUUUCCAUUGCAAAUAAAAUACCAACCACCCGUUCCGCAACAGCCAGAUCCCUGCUACUUUUCUCUACACCCACCACAUACCAGUCGCUAGUUUCCGCGCAACUGAAGAAGGGCGAUGCUGUAGCUGUUGCCCGGAUAGCGGGCAUUCAAGCAGCGAAGAAGACAUCAGACUUGAUCCCCCUUGCACACCCUUCCCUGGCUAUCACCGGAUUAAAUAUAUCCAUCGAGCCAUAUGCUCCUGGAUGUGAACCCCGUGACAACAUUAUACACUGGAGGAGCAGGAUUAAGUCAACCAAUCGCGGUGGUGUUUACAUCCAGGCAACGGUUGACUGUGAGGGUAAGACUGGAGUCGAAAUGGAGGCCAUGAUGGCUGCCUCAGUGGCCGGGCUCACCAUGUACGACAUGCUCAAAGGGGUCGAUAAAGCCAUGAAAUUGACUGAGACCCAAGUCAUCAAAAAAUCCGGCGGCAAAAGCGGUGAUUGGAGUUACGAUUACACGUCGCGGAGGAUUGUGGAGACCGUUGGAAAGGGGGGGAGCAGCGGCGUCGAGAAACCUUCAACUGGCCGGAGAGGUGCUCGCAGAAGGGAGGGCACUUCUUCCGGGGAAGAGAGAGUUACAUUCGACAGUGAGGCACCGAGUCAGGAACCACAAAAGCAGGAAAUUCAGCCCAGCACCAAUACCGACGAAAGUGCCGAUAUCAAACCCAUCAUAGAGCAGCCGCAAGGAGAAGAAACUCCAGCAAUGCCCAGCGCCGAUAUCAAACCCAUUAUAGAGCAGCGGCAAGAAGACGAAUCCCAAAGCAUGCCCAGCGGUAACCACACUGCCACCACCUCCAAUAUUAACAACACCGAAACCAACACCUCUUCCCAAAAGGAGGAGCCAUUUAAGCCACGUAACCAUGUCAUAAAAGACCACGUGCUCAUCAGGCAGCAUGAAAUCGAGCAUGGCCGACUAGUGCCAGCGGACUCGAUCAGCCCGGCGGACGACGUCAGAACCAUUCUGGCCGAAGCCACCGCAAUUGACAGCGAAGUGUCAUCGGUCCACGACGAAACGUACGAGCGUGCGAUGGCCGUAGUGAAGCGGGGCUACGUGACCGCUAACGACCUGCGCAACGCGCGUAUACGGGACUGGCUGAAGCGGAGUCUGGAUCAUGGCAUUGAGAUUCCCUUGGGCCCGGCGCGGUAG